CGUAAAAUGCGUGGUGACGCAGGCAGCUCUGUCCACCGCCACCAAAUUCAAACUGCGAGAGAAAAAGGAACAGCCGGGCCAAGAGAGACAGAGCAACUUUCCCAAAGUGUAACUUUUGAGCUUAAUACGAUGUCUUCAGUGAUGGAUGGGGUUGGUAAAGCUGUGGUUGGAGUCUGGCGGGCCCACACAGCCCUGGAUGAGUCCGAUGAUGCAGAAAGCUCCCCGGAUGCCCCCGACCGCUUCCGCAAGAUGCGCUCCUCAUCUUCGCUCAACUCUCUGCGGAUGUCUCUGCGCAAGCGGCUCCCUCUGCGGUCUGUCCAGGCCACCUCCCUCCCAGAGCAUCCAACAUGGGAGACAGUGAAAGAGCAGCCUAAACCCAAUGCAGUCCGCAAACUCACUCGCAGUGCCCGUAACACCAUUGGUGGAAUGUACCAGAAGUUUCAGAGGAGUAGAGAGUUUUCACGAGAGGAUUGCUUGGUCGCAACCCCUGGCCGUGAUGGAGAAAGCGCUUGUCCAUCAGCUUCUUGCACCCCCAGAAACACCCCUGUCCGAGCAGCGACACCCAGGCGCACCCCCAGGUCUGCAGCCACGCCCGGACGCGCCCCAGCUUCUAGAGGCCGGAGGACUCCCGAGGCAUCGGUGCAUGGGGUGAGAACAGGAGGUGGCAGGAGACAGCUGGUGCGGAUGGCAGCAUUACGAAGUCCCUUUGCUUCCCCCAACACACAGAACCAAAGAAUGAAAUUUGACCAAGAUUUGGAGUCGGUAUCCAGUGGACUCCGAAGGCUCAAACGCCUGUCCAAAGCCUUUGACGACAUCAUCGGCAGAGAAAACAGACCCGGUUCAAGGGAGCGCUCCGGAGGAGUGGUGUUGAGAAGGUUGGACCCCCGCGGUAAACUCAGCUGCUCAAAUCUCACGCAUCGAGCCUCUCGCAUGUCGGACACACUGGGAGACUGGGCCCAAACAGCUGUGAACACUAUUCGCAAACCCAACUGAACUUGUGUGUGUUUGUGUGUCAAAAACCGGACCUUUUGUAGCCACGUCUUACAUGUAUCAUUGUGGUGUCACUGUUACAUAUAUAUGUGGGUUUCAUACAGGGAGAUUAGUUUGGCAGCUUGUCGUCUUUUUUUAUCUAAAUAUUUUAUCCCUGCUGUGUAUAAUUGACAGCAUUUGUGUGAAUCUGGUUUGUUUACAUGUCUUUGGUUGGUUACAUGUAGCUUUGCUAUCUUCAUUGUAGCUACCAAAGGGAUUCUUCUUCCUGAUAUAUGUGUUUUUCUUAGCUGCUACAACUAGAUGUCUGUUACAUAAAAAAGUACUAAUAUUUUAUAAAGUUCUCACAGAGUUUCUGACAUUAACCUUAAACUUAAGCUGCAUGACACCAAAAUUAUAGCUGCAUAACUAACACUAAAUGUACGGACAUGGGAGAUAUAUUGUCUUCUGUUUUGUAUGUAUGCAACAAUUUAACUAACAUUUGUACUGUAUUUUUGUAAAGGGACAUUUGAUUAAACCAAAUCCUUUGUUAUAUAUUUUUUAUGACGAGGGAAUUUUAUUUGAACACAGCUGAGGCUGUUUUUAAAUGGAAAACAUACUUUCAGGCAGGGGUUAGAGCCUGCAGUGGUCUGUGGAUUAUUCACACUCUGAUACUGUACACAUAAAUCAUCUGAUAAUGUGAUGGGGAAGGAGUUAAUGGCUCAUUACCAGAUGGCGGCAAUGAUGAUUAUGUUAUUAAGUAAAAUGGAGCAAGUUAUUCGUGUAGGGGACAGCCAAGCCAACAGCCCCAAAUGAUUGAAAACACUUCCGAUUUUUUUUUCUCUACACUUCCUUUUACGGUAUUAAUGAAAAAAGGGAGAAAUGUUGUAUGUGGGAGAACAUCUACACAAUAAAUCUGUAAACUUCAAUAACAA